AUGGGCUGCGGCCCCUCCCAGCCCGCCGAACGCCAGCGACAGCGACGCGUCCCCGCGCCCAGGAAGGGCUGGCAAGAGGGAGGCGAGGCUAAUGUCAUUCUGACUCAGUCUGGGGAAAAUUGCUACUCCCAGGUUGAAGCUGCACUGCCCAAGGACACAGUGGACAAUGCAGAAUGCCUGGAACAACAAACGCAGGUGGGAAGCUUACCUGGAACCAUUCUAGAAAGUUCUCCAUCUCCUGGUGAAAGAAACAGAAGAGCAAAUUCAGACCUGGUAACCAAGGGACUAAUCAAUAAACCCCAACCCCUAGAGAAUCGAGAGCGACAAAAGUCAUCAGACAUCCUGGAGGAACUAAUUGUUCAAGGAAUAAUACAAAACCCCAGCAAAAUAUUUAGAAAUGGAGAAUCGUAUGAUGUCAUGGUGAGCACGACUGAGAAACCACUGAGAAAACCACCAGCCAGACUGGAAAAACUUAAGAUCAGAAAGGAAGUGAAGGAUUUCACAGUGCAGGACAUAGAAGAGAAGAUGCAGGCCACUGUGCAGGAGCGCAGGAAGGUAACUAAAGAAGAAAUAAGAAAAAGGCUACAGAGUGACCGACGUUUGCCCCCAGCCAGUCAUUCAGAUUCAGCUGAACCGGGUGGGGCUGAGUUUGCAUUUGCCAAAGGACAUCAUGCUCUGAGUUCUGCCUCCUUUGAACUGUCCCACCUGCAGGGAGGAAAGACGUUGAACAGAAAGAAGAGUAAAAGUGAUGCCACCUCGAUUGACAGAAACUACGAUUAUGAAAGCAUUGGGGGCGUGGAGUCAGACAUGUCCUACAAUCAAGCAGAUGACAUAUUCUAA